AUUGAAGUUGAUUGUAAUUUUAUUUUAGAAAAUAAUUGAGCAGUAGGUACGAAAAUAUUUUGAGUUAGCUUAUAAAUAAAUAUCAAUCAAUUAAUCAUUGCGCAUCCAUCAGUUUAGCAGCAACGUUAUCAGUGAUGGAAUUUGACUAUUUUGAUAAACACACAUUUCUAUGUGAAAUGUAUGAUGAAGAGGCGGAUAAAACAACAGAGCUUAUACUGAAUUUCUUUCCGUUUGAUAAUUCUGUCCAAGUUAUUGAUACUAAACGUGGGAAAAAGAUGCUUAAAAGGACUCAGUUACCAUCAUUUAGUCCUGCCAUGUUACAGAUUGGAAAUAUUGUUAAUAUAUUUGGAAAACUGUUGAUGUUAAUCGAUAGCGCCCCAGCAACUAAACGGACUUUAUUCAAAGACGUUGAAAGCACUUUCGUAAUGAUAAAACCAAUACCAAGGAGCGCACAUGGAAAGAUUAUAACGUUUAUAAUGAACAAAGGCUUUCGUAUUGUGAAGAUAAGAAAUGGCAAAAUAAGUAAAGAUUUUGCCAUGGAAUUGUACAGCAACCUUGGAGGCAACAAAAAUUUACCCGUAAUCGUAGACUACAUAACGAGCGACGAAGUGCUUGGGCUGGAGCUGGCGGGGCCGCGCGCAGUGCAGGCCUUCAGGGAGUGCCUCGGGGCCACCGACCCGGCGGACGCCGCGCCGGGCACGCUGCGGGCUCUGUUCGGCGAGAACGUGCUGAGGAAUGUGGCCCAUGGAGUCUCCACGCCGGCGGACGCUGCUAAAAUGAUAGAUGAAUUCUUCGGCGUAGAGAAUGGUAACCCAAAGAUUCCUUAUCGAGCAACUUUUGAAGACUGCACGUGCUGCAUUUUGAAACCUCACGUGUUGAUAGACGGUAACGUGGGAGCAAUUCUCGAACAUAUAUCCACAUCGGGACAAUUCUAUAUAUCAGCUAUAGCUAUGUUCACUGUGUCUAUGUCUAAUGCUAAAGAAUUUUACGAAGUUUAUAAAGGCGUUUUACCAGAGUAUGAGGCCAUGUCACUUCACUUAGCUGAGGGAAACUGCAUCGUAUUGGAAGUUAAGUGCAAUGACUCAAAGUUAAACUGUGUUUGUGAGUUUAGGAAAUUGUGCGGGCCGCGAGAUCCGGAUGUGUGUCGGCAGCUAUAUCCAAACUCUAUCCGGGGUCUGUAUGGUAAAACUGUUAUCCACAAUGCAGUGCACUGCACUGACCUCCCUGAGGAUGGUGUAACAGAAGUUGAGUACUUCUUCAAACUUCUUGCAAGCACCACAUCCUAAUGCUUCCUGUUAAUAUUAU